AGUGUGGGGAGCGGUGGCGGUGAUAAGGCCACUUCAAUCAGCAAGAUAAAUACAUUUGAAAUAAAUAUAUUAGAUUACAAAGGAUCUAGUUGGAAAUAACAAAUUUGGCCUACUUGUUUUGAAUAAUCGAUAAAUCAUUUCUAUCGAUAAUACUCUGAACCAUUGGUAUUAAGAGAUGUAAAUAGUUAUAGACGAAGAAUGAAUAUUUUACCCAAAAAACGCUGGCAUGUGCGCACCAAGGAGAACAUCGCCCGCGUCCGCCGGGAUCAAGCGGCGGCGGCAGCAGAAGAGAAAAUCCGCAAAGAUAAAUUGGAAUUUGCGGAAAGCGAGGCACGAAUUAACUUCCUGCGUCGCCAAUCGGGGCUGCCGGAAAAGGUUUCCGUUCCCAAGGAAACCCAAGAAUUGGAAUGCAGCACUGAACCAAGCAAAGGAGUGGACCUCUUUGCAGACUACAGAAGCCAUGUAAAAACCACCAACAAAGAUCUAGAAAAGGAGCAGAAGGAGGAGCAGGAAAAGUACGAGAAACAGAUUGGCUACCUAACCUACUUGGGUCAGGACACCAAUGAAGCUCUCAAGGUGCGCAGCUGGUACGAGGUGGCCCCCAAAAGACCAGAAGUAGGGGAUCAAGAAGCUCAUCUCAAACAAAAACUAGCCCACGAUCCUUUGGCCCUCAUCAAUGCUUUGUUGCCGCCAGAGAAAAAGGAUAAUAAAAAGACCAUCAAGAAAAAACGAGAAGGGACACCCACUCCUCCUCCGGAACCUGCCACUUCCCACAAGCCGAAAAAACACAAGAAGGACAAGAAGCAUAGCAAGCACAAGAACCAUAAGGAUCACAAAAGUAAGAAGGAUUAUAAAGAAAGCCUUCUAACUGCUGACCGGCAAAAACGGGAGAAGCUGGAAAAAAUGAGACGAGAACGACUGCGUCGGGAAACAUCGGAGCGCCAGCGUUCCGACGCUCUUUUCGCGCCCAAGGAGCCGGCAAUGACCGCCAGUGCAGCAUCAACGCCAGCUCCCACGCCAAGAAUUGUCCAGAAGUAUAACAGCCAGUUCAAUCCGGAGUUAGCGAAGCAAAAUAUGCUUUAGGAUUUCGAACACCUAAAGAGAUAGCAUUAUAUAAAUUUAAAAGAGUAUUUGGUAGAUUUGGAAAUUAGAAGGGAGGUUUAUCAGAAUUAGUAUGCAUUGAUAAGAUUAUCUGUAAAUAAAAGUCAAAUAAUGCAAAUCAAAUGAAAGGUGCAACAUUUUUUCAAAUAUACAUCAUAUAAAUCUUUGGUUUAAAAGCUUAUUUUUAAAAACAUAAAUUAAGUUGCUACUAGUUUAAACUGUAAUAUUCUUAAACAGGAAAAUAAAAAUAUCAUUUAAGAUACAA